AUGUCGCUGGUGACGCACCUGGUGACGGAGCCGGCUGCCGGCGGCGAGCUGACGUCGCAGUACCGGUACGCCAGCCUUGCGUGUGAGGUGCUCACCUGCAACGUGCCGGCCGUACUGGAGAAGCUGGCGGCUGAGCGGUCCCUGCUGGACCAGCUGUACAGCCUGCUGGAGCGGCCGGCGCCACUCAACCCGCUGCUGGCCAGCUUCCUGUCGCGCGCGUUCGGUCUCUUGCUGGCUGAGCAGGCAGAACAGACACUGAUGUACCUCAAGUCGAAACAGACAUUCGUAGACCUGUUGCUGCAGCACCUGGGCACGUCGGCCAUCAUGGACCUGGCCUGCAACCUCAUCUCCGGCAUCGCUGAGCCGGAGGCUCGCCAGGCGGCGCUCACGCCGGAGCGGCAGGCCAACGCCGCGCACGUGCUCGUCUCCACGGUCACGUGCGCCCGCCAGAUGGCGCAGCAGCUGCCGCCGGGCGAGCGCGAGCUGAACCCUCUCGUGGCCACCGUGGAAUCGUGA